CCCCAGACUCCCGGUCAAACCUCAGAGCAAAUGUGCUGUUUUUUUAUUUAUUCCCAUUUCCCUCCGGGGGAAGUUGGGGGCUGUUUGUGAACUGGUUUUCUCACCGACGAGUGAAGCGGCUUCCUGCGGCCGGAGCCGUUGCAGAUUCCUUUCCAAUCUCUGUUGAAGCGGGUUUGCGAGGCCGGGACUGGGAGGGGGCGACGACACGACGACGACCAUUUUCCAUCGAGCACCAGAAUUUGGGACCACCUGUCACUAUCAUGGCUGAAGGUGCCGGCGGGGGAGGAGAUGCUGUGACUUUCACAUCAAGGAAACACGCAGUUAGGAAAUUAACUCAGAGAAAGUUUUCAAGAGACAUUUGCCAGUCGGAUCAUCAAGGGAAGAUGAUCAGGACACAGGAACUACGACACUAAAGCAGGGUCCCAAUGAAAUGUGUUCCAGCCUUGUGUUUCCUAGAUGAGCAUGUUUUUCAUCAUUAUCUACUCUUCAGGCCUCUGGACUGGUGGCAGUGGAAAUGUUGCUGAACUGAAGGAGAAAUCAUCAUCGUCAAGAGUGGAUGAUCCAAAGACUACGAUGUCUGAGCUCCUGGCACAGUGCGGGGAUUACCAACUGUUCCAGUUGUCAAACGUCUACCGGGCAAGACUGCAACCUGCGAUUGAAGAAGGGGUUGAAGGGCUCAGCUUGAUGUUGAGAGAGAAGGGACAUUUCAGUGGACAGGAACAUGAGAAAGUCAUUGAGCUCAUGGAGAAGAGAAACCGGAUAGGGGGUUCCAAAUUCUUCUUCAGUCUGGUUAUGGAGAAGGGAUCCAGAGCCCGGAGAGUGAUGUGGGAAUCCUUUGUGAAAAUGCGGAAUGAGUUACCAAAGUUGGACAAAAUACUGAAUGAAAUCCAGGAGCUCGGUCCUGAUCCAUAUGAAUACAUGAACAUCAUCCAAGAUUUAUGUGAUUUAUCCUCACAACUGAAGGAUGUUCGACAGAAACACAAGGAGGCUCUGCAGGCACAAACUGAAACAAUGAGAGUAAGCACGAUCCUGAGGAGGAAGAAGGUGAAGGUUUUCCAGCUGGUUGAUCAAUACACUGAGCUCACAAUCAUUUCUACUGUUCGAGAUCAGAUACUUGUGGGACAUGAGCUGCUGGCAAGAGGCCGAGACCAUGAGUGGAGAGAGAAACAUCUCUGGGGAGAGCUGGAAAAAGUCCGGACUGAUCAAUUGUUCCAGAGCAGCUUUUCCCAGAGUAAAUCUAAAUCUGGGUGUUCAGCAGCAGUGGCCGGAGUUGCGGGGAUUGGAAAAACAACAAUGGUGCAAAAGAUUGUUUAUGACUGGGCCACGGGGAAAAUAUUCCAACACUUCCAGUUUGUCUUCUGUUUCAAAUUCCGGGAGUUGAACAGCAUUAAUUGUAGAAUAAACCUGAGUGAACUGAUUCUGGAUCAGUAUCCUUACUUCAGGAAUAUCCUGGGAGAGGUCUGGAAGAACCCAGAGGGAUUGUUGUUUAUCUUCGAUGGUUUGGAUGAAUACAAGCACAGAAUUGAUUUUGCUGAUAGUCGGAGAGACACAGAACCUCAGCACAUGUGCCCAGAUCCCGAGUGGCAGUGUGAAGUGUCUGACAUUGUGUACAGUUUAAUCCAGCACAAGCUGCUCCCAGGGUGUUCAGUGCUGGUGACAACCCGCCCCACUGCGUUACAUUUAUUGGAGAAUGCUGAAAUAAAUAUCUGGGCCGAAAUACUGGGUUUCGAUGGUGAGCAGCGAAAGGAAUACUUCAAAAGAUUUUUUGAAGAUAGGACAGUGGCAGAAGCUGUUGUCAAAUAUGUAAAAGAAAACUACAUCCUCUACACCAUGAGCUACAACCCCUCCUACUGCUUGAUCCUCGGUCUGGCACUGGGCCCCUUCUUCACACAAAAAGACAGGGACCCGCAGCGAGUUCCCAAGACCAUCACCCAACUAUAUUCCUACUAUAUUUACAACAUCCUGAAAAACCACAGCCGUGAGAUUGAAAGGCCCCAUGAUGUGUUACUGAGGGUUGGUCAGAUGGCCUUCAGAGGAUUGUUGGACAAGAAGAUUGUGUUUACAGAGGGAGAUUUGAUCAACUACAGUCUGCAGCCUUCCCAGUGCCUGUCUGGGUUCCUGGUGGAACUUUUGGAGAGAGAGGAUUCUGCCCGGAGCGUGGUGUACACAUUCCCACACCUCACCAUCCAAAAGUUUGUAGCUGCACUCGCACAAUUUCUGAUUCUGCAUCCCGGAGAUAUCCUGAAACUCCUCACUGAAGCCCACAGCGAGGAAAGUGGGCAAUUCGAAGUAUUUCUCCAUUUUGUUGCUGGUCUCUCCUCCCCAGGGUCAGCUCAGGGGCUGGAGGAGUUUCUGGGUCCAUUUCGCCAUCAAACGACCUGCCAAGUGAUUGACUGGGUGAAGGAGGAGGUGAAACGUCAGAUUGGAAACACAGGGAGUGAAGCUGGUAAAAGGACCCUCCUGAACACACUGCCAUACCUGUUUGAGUCUCAGAACAGUGGACUGGCUCAGGCCACGCUAGGAUCUCUGGAAACACUUUCAUUCUGUGGACUGCGCCUGACCCUGAUUGACUGCGCCAUCCUGUCUCAUGUCAUUGGGCUCUGUGAUACAAUAAAUCACCUCGAUCUGGAGCGCUGCUCCAUUCAGUGUGAAGGAAUCCAGCAGCUGCGACCCGGGCUGCACCAGUGCCGGGUGUUGGGACUGGGGCACAACAACCUGGGAGAUUCGGGAGUGAAACUGGUGUCUGCGGCUCUGAGGGACCAGGAGUGUAAAAUACAGAAAUUGCAGCUGAGGGAAGUCGGUCUCACAAGUUCUGGUGCCAAGGAUCUCAUCUCCACUCUCAGUACAAACCACUCACUGAGGGAGCUGGACCUGAGUGAUAAUAACCUGGGAGAUUCAGGAGUGAAACGGGUGUCUGCGGCUCUGAGGGACCCGGAGUGUAAAAUACAGACUCUGCGGCUGAGGGAAGUCGGUCUCACAAGUUCUGGUGCCAAGGAUCUCAUCUCCACUCUCAGUACAAACCACUCACUGAGGGAGCUGGACCUGAGUGAUAAUAACCUGGGAGAUUCAGGAGUGAAACGGGUGUCUGCGGCUCUGAGGGACCCGGAGUGUAAAAUACAGACUCUGCGGCUGAGGGAAGUCGGUCUCACAAGUUCUGGUGCCAAGGAUCUCAUCUCCACUCUCAGUACAAACCACUCACUGAGGGAGCUGGACCUGAGUGAUAAUAACCUGGGAGAUUCGGGAGUGAAACUGGUGUCUGAAGCUCUGAGGGAUCCUGAGUGUAAAAUACAGAGACUGUGGCUGAGGGAAGUUGGUCUCUCAGAUUCUGGUGCCAAGGAUCUCACCUCCGCUCUCAGUACAAACUGCUCACUGACGGGGCUGGACCUGGGAUCAAACUUACUCACAGACCAAUCUGUCCCCACUCUCCGCCACCUCAUCCUGACCCUCCUGAGUCUGGAGCAGAUCGGGCUGCAGGAGAAUCAGUUCAGUUUAAAUGGACAGAAUCAGCUGAAGUCGCUGCAGGGAACCAGAUCCGGACUGAGUGUGUCGCUGUAAACGUCCCAAUGUACAGACAUCCCCGCCCAUGGGAAGCAAACAUUUUUUUGGCCGGUUUCCCGCCCUCGCCUUUAAACACAUGAGCGAUCCUGGUUUAAGUCCCAAUGGCUGGAGCAGAGCGCGCACCCCUCCCGCUGUGGCAUCGGGGGAGUCCUGCUGACAUGCGACUUGGAUGCCCCCAGUGGGGCCCUGGGGGAUUACACAGACAUGAAGGUCCCAGGACAGUCUGGGACAUGUGUGAUCGCAUUCAGUGUCUGGGGUGGGGCUCAGUCUGGGACACGAGUGAUGGCAUUCAGUGUCCCAGGUUGGGGCUCAGUGUGGGUCACCGGGUUAGGAACCUUCCUGGCCAUGUUGCUGAGGGGGUCGGGGUGGAAUAUUUCCUCCAUUCAGCAGCCUGUGUACAUAGCAACAAUAAUUUGUAAAAUACCUCAAUAGAUAACCGCAGACCCGCAGCGUUCUCGUACACGGCCCGAAGUGUGAUUUAUAAUCAGUAUGCUGUUAAUUUGAGUGAAGACAGAGAGCAUCCAGCAACUCCUGGUGCGGAAUGACGUUGAUAAAAGGGGCUGAUUGUUUAACCUGCCACUCAUUGUCACAUGUCUUAAUCGUGCAUGAAUUGUAACUAGGUUAUUUUACCCGCACAUCAGAAAGUUACUCUGUUUAAGUUAUAAUCGGCAAAAUGAACUCAAUAAAGCAUGGAGGUUAAGUUCUGA